AUACAGUUGUAUAGUACAGUGUGAAGAAAGAACACGUAUUACGAAAAGGAACUAUGAAAUUGAUAAUCUUCAUAACGGUGUUCGCGUUCAGCUCAGCUGCACAGCUUCCAUCCAGGAACUACAUUCCACCGAGCCAAGGCGGGCAAGAGAGUGCAGGACACCCAGAACACGGGACUGGGAUCCACGGGGAUACAGGGAAUAGAAGACCACAACAAGAUGCCGAGAAGAACUCUGCAAUUUUGAAACAAGAGCAAGAAAUUACUGAGAAUGGGGAUUACCACUUCGGCUAUGAAACCUCAAGCGGCAUCAGAGCUGAAGAGUCAGGUUCCACCAGCCAAUCCCAGGGUGGCUUCUCAUACAAAGGAGAUGAUGGGAACACAUACACUGUGAUCUACAGCUCAGGAGAAGGUGGUUUCAGGCCGCAAGGAGAGCACCUUCCUGUUCCACCACCGACUCCGCAAGAGAUCUUGUUGGCUUUGCAACAGAACGAAAAAGAUGAAGCCGCUGGGAUCUUUGAUGACGGUCAAUAUCAUCCUGAAGCGAAUAGUGAAAGCAAAGGUACACCUGGGCAGUCUGGAGGCUUCGUUCCAUCACCAGGGCAAUCCGGUUCUGACAGUCAUCAAAACGGUUUCAACUCGAAUACCGGAUAUCACUACUAAGUUUAAUUUAAUAAAUUUUAAAAUAAUGACUUUUGUAAAUUGUCCCUUCAUGACAAACACGUUAAAGGAAUGUAUGAUUUGGUAUAUUAUAUAAAGUACAUAAAUCAUA